AUCAAGUGUUUGAAGAAAUAUUCAAUUCCCCAAAGGAUGAGCUGAAAGAAGCCAAGAAAAUUCUAGAAAGGAUCAUUUCUCGACGCAUCCCCAAGUGUUUGGGUGAAAUAAAGCCUAAAAAAUUUGACGAGAACAUGUUCCCCGAAUGGAAAAAGGAAUUGGCUAAAGCCUCAAACAGUCACACUGAUGUCGAGCUGAAGCCAGAGGACUUUGACAUUCUACUCAUUGAAAUGGACUAUGGGAUGAAGGACAAGAACCCCAUUGACAAUAUGUAUUUCUACAACAAGGAUAACCCUACCAGGGCAUUCAAAAUCAACAUAGAGAAGGUAUUUCAAAGCAAGUUUCUGCCAAAGUCCUUUUCAGAGAAGUUCGCCAGGGUUUAUUACAAGAAGACUGAUCAAAGGAGUCAGGAGGCUGCCCGGGAACAUUUUGUCACAUGGUGUAAGAAGAACAAAGUCCUUCAGGAUAGAGAAGUAGUAUCUGAGGACAAAAGAUCCAGAAGAUCAACCAUAUAAUCAAUGAAGCUGAAAAUGUGGAAUGUAGAAUUCAGAACUGCAAGAAGAAAGAAAACACUCUGAUAGUUACCAGUUCAUUAGAAAUAUUAGAUGCUUUUAUCAAGAUUAGUAUGUUAAUGAGCAUAGCAAAGUAUAAAUCUGAAAAAAACUCAAAGUACAUCACACUGUUGUCCUCCAAUGAGAAUGAAUAUAAAUGAGGCAUUACUAUUUAAAGUCAGGCUCUGUACUCACCCCUGUUCAACGUUCUAUAUGUCUUUGUUUAGAGAGAUUAUUUUCAAUCAUCAUUAUUUUAGACUCCCUUCUCCAUAAGAAGCUGUAUGUCACAUUUUCAACUUUAACUGUUUUAUACCAUGCUUGUACAAAAAGCAUAUUUUUAUUUGACAAUCAUUAUCAAUUAAAAUGUCACAACACGUGAACACAACAUUUUUCAGGGUUUGUUUGAUUGAG